UGACCUUGGGCGAGUGAGUUAUCGAUAAGCCGCCCGCCUGCCCCUGUGAUUCAUGGAAAUAAUGACGCAACACGAGGAAACGGCCCCUCCUGCUCAUGGUACUCCCCCCACUUGAAUUGCAGAGAACACGAGAGUGAGUUUGAAGUGAUUGAUUAUAUUCCGUGCCUUUCCUCAUCUGACUUGCCUUUUUUCCAUACACACACACACACACUCUCUCUCUCUCUCUCUCUCUCUCUCUCCCCCUCUUUCACUCAAAUCCCCUCUCCCCUCAAUUCGAAACCAUGAGCCCCCGGUGCUUCAUCAUCCGCCACGGCGAGACCGAAUGGUCCCUCAACGGCCGCCACACGGGCACCACCGACCUGCCCCUCACCGCGAACGGGGAGAAACGCAUCAAAGCCACCGGCAAGGCCCUGGUGGGGAAUGACCGAUUGAUCGCGCCGCGGAAGGUCGUCCAUGUAUACGUCUCGCCGCGAGCCCGCGCGCAACGGACGCUCGAACUGCUCGAGAUCGGGUGCAAGGAGCGGCUGCCGUGGACGGCGGCGCGCAAGCCCGAGGCGGAGGAGCCGAUUCGCACGGAGGCGCGGGUGGAGGUGACGGAGGCGGUGCGCGAGUGGGACUACGGCGACUACGAGGGGUUGACGAGCCAGCAGAUCCGGGAGGUGCGGGCGCGGAACGGGGAAGGGAGCUGGGAUAUUUGGCGCGAUGGGUGUCCCGGGGGAGAAUCUCCCGAAGACGUGAUCAAGCGGCUCGACGCCCUCAUCGCCGAGAUCCGCGCCAAAUACCACGGCCCGUGUUUCGAGUCCGAGUCCGCCAAGGGGGAUGUCCUGAUCGUGGCGCAUGGACAUAUCCUGCGGGCGUUUGCGAUGCGGUGGACGGGCAAGCCGUUGACGGAGACGGCGUUGAUUUUGGAGGCUGGUGGUGUGGGCACGUUGAGUUACGAGCACCACAGCAUCGAUGAGCCCGCAAUCAUCCUGGGUGGAGGGUUCGUGGUCGACUCCUGAUUUCCAUCCUUAUUUUCGAAUCCUGCUUUCCUCGAACCAGACACGGUAGGAAGUAGCGUAUGAUGGAAAGUUGGUAGACCGCCAGAUAGCGUUGUACUGGCAGUGGCGAUGGGUGGUGAUGGUGAUGGUGACAACGGGGAAUGAAGCGUCCCCAUUGACGAUCAAAGAGAGCAAUAGGAUCAACCUCCAACAUAAAUAGCCGUUAGCAACAUAUCCAAUAAAUAGAUUGAGCCAUAGAUCCCAAGAGAGAAAAAAAAAACCCACAUUGAUGGUCCCCGAAGAAUAACCCAA